CGUUGUGAAGUCACCUAUUUUUUUUGUGUGAUAUAGGUUAUGUUUUCAGUUUCGUUUUGAUCUCUUCGAAAAAACGAUCAACACUAGGUUGUUAAUUCAUCGUCAUUAUUAUGGUGACGUUGAGAUUUAGUGAAGAAAAUUUUCAACUAUGAUGUAUUAUUAAUAAGUUGAUCAUAAUUUAUUUUCAAUUUGGAAAUUUUACCUUUGGAUCAGUCACAUGAUAAUUAACAAAAUGAAGGGCUUCUUUGGAAAUUUAUUGAGUUUUGUUUCAGUCACGAUAAUUUUAAUACCAUUUUGUAUCGCUGAAGAUAUUUUAGGAUGUGGAGGAUUUAUAAAAAGUCAUACUGACAUAGAUUUCACUCAAAUUCGUGUAAAAUUAUUCACAAAAACAGGAAGUGUAAAAGAUUAUACCGAAGCAGCUCCUAACAGUGGAUAUUAUUUUUUACCUCUCUAUGAUAAAGGAGAAUAUGUUUUAAAGGUUGAACCACCUCAAGGUUGGAGUUUUGAACCAACAGAAGUUGUACUAAAUGUUGAUGGAUCUACGGAUAUUUGUAGUCAAGGAAAAGAUAUAAAUUUUGUUUUUAAAGGAUUUGGAAUUACAGGCAGAGUAAUUAGUAAAGGUUCUGACUCUGGACCAAAAGGAGUAACAAUUUCUUUAUACAAAGAUAGCGAUAAAAGAUCACCUUUUAGUUCAACUAUUACUUCUCAAGACGGAAGUUUUUAUUUUACUCCAAUUCAACCUGGAAAUUAUGUUCUAACUGCUAGUCACCCACAAUGGAUUAUAGAAAAGAAUACAGUAACGGUUAUUGUACAAGAAGGAAAUACAAAGCUUCCCGAUGAUAGUUUAAUAGUUUUUGGAUACGAUGUUAGUGGCUUAGUUUUAAGUGACGAUGAACCCGUCAGUGGAGUAUCAUUUCUUCUUUUUGGGAAUGGUCAUGUAAAAAAUUGUGAAACAGGUUUUAUAAAAGAAUGGACAUCUGAAAAACCAUUGUGUCAUGUUAAUUCGGAUGAAAACGGUAAAUUUACAUUUCCGUCAGUUUCCCAUGGAGAUUAUAAAAUUGUACCUCUUUAUGCUGGAACUCGUACCAAAUUUGACGUGCAACCAUCUGAAUUACGAUUUAAAGUUAAUCACGAUAGUUUAAUAUUAUCUCAGAAUUUCAAAGUAACAGGAUUUACAGUUAGUGGUUUGGUAUUGGAAUCUACUCAAGGAAAACCACUAGUUGGAGCUAAAGUUUUUUUAUCUGGAAAAGAAGUUGCUGUUACUGAUAAAACUGGAAAAUACAAAGUAGAUAAUAUCAAGUCGGGUCAAUAUCUUUUAAAAGCUGAAAGUCAAAACGUAAAAUUUGAAGAGAAGCUCGUUAAAGUUUCUCCAAGCUCUUCAGAAAUGCCUGUAAUAAAUCCGUCAUCAUAUAAAGUCAGUGGAAAAGUAACUUUGUCUGCAAAAAAUGUACUUCAUUAUCGUAAAAUUUCAAUUAAAAGUGCUGCUUUACAUUUUUAUACUGAAGUUGAAGUUGAUCCCAACAGUGGAGACUUUCAUGUUUUUCUUGCACCUGCUAAAUAUCAACUAAAUGUUGUUGUUACAGAAGAAGAAAAUAACAAAGGAUUACAAUUUUUCCCUUUGCAACAAACAAUUACUGUAUCGUCAAAGUCUCUUGAUAACAUUAAUUUUUUGCAACUGAAAGCAACAUUGAAAGGUCGAAUCAAAUGUUUAGAAAAUACAGAUUGCAAUCAGGCAUCUAUUACUUUAAAAGUUCUCGAUGGAGUAACUGUAAAAACUGUACAAGUAAAAGACGCAAGUGGAAUGUAUGAAUUCUCUGAUGUAUUGCCUGGUCAAUAUGAAGUUUUAAUUGACACUGAUGUCUUCUGUUGGGAAAAUUCUACUCACAAAAUAAUGGUAACUUCAGAACAAGCAGAAAUUAGUCUUUUCCGACAGACUGGAUUUUCUGUCACAUUCAUUUCAUCUCACGAUACUGACGUUGAAUAUUCAAUUCCUGGAGAAACAACCAAAAAAAUGUUGAUGUUAAGUAAGGGAAGUUCAAGGCAUUGUGUACCAAAAACUGGUGAAUAUGAAUUUAUUCCAAAGAGUUGUCAUAGUUUCACAAAAGCAUCAUACAAGUGGGAUACCAAAAAUCGAAUGCCUAUUAUUCUCACAUCUGCCAAACAUAAACAUAGUGGAAACAUCAUCAGUUCAGUUACUUUAAAUGACAUUAGAGUGACAAUUGAAAAUGAUGUUGGAGACCCUCUUACACUUGGACCUUUAAAGUACGUUAAAGAAAACAACGCAUAUAAAUACACUUUUGAAUUCGAUGCCAUUGCUGAUAAUUCAUAUGUUAUUGUGCCAAAAUCUGAAAUAAUGUUAUUCAAUCCUCCUUCGUUAAGAAUUUUAGGAGAAAAUGACUGUAAUAAUAAUGUUGCUUCAUUUAAUGGUGAAUUAGGAAAGAUUAUUAGUGGUUCAAUAGUACCUAAAUUGGAAGGAGUAACAGUAGAAAUUUUUGGUAAAGAUAAACAAAUUCCUUUACAUACUUUAGUUACUCAAAAUGAUGGACAAUACAGAAUUGGUCCACUUAAUGGAGACAUAGACUACAGCGUAAUUGCCACUAUGGAAGGAUAUAUUGUAACCGGUCCUGAUGCAAAAGGAGUAUUCUUAGCUCAUAAAUUGGCAGAAAUUGAUGUCGAAGUUUCUGACCAAGUAGAUAAAAAAGCAUUACAGGGUGUUCUCUUAUCAUUGUCGGGAGAUCAAAGUUAUAGAAAAAAUAGCAUCACAAAUGAAAAUGGUCAAAUGACAUUUAAAUCUCUUUCUCCUGGAGAAUAUUAUCUACGUCCUAUGAUGAAGGAAUACAAAUUUAAUCCUGCUUCAAAAGUAAUCAAUGUUGAAGAAGGCUUGACGGUUAAAGUGAAACUUUCAGGAAAUAGAGUCGCUUUCAGUGCUUAUGGAGCAGUUACUUCAUUGAAUGGAGAAUCAGAAGCGGGUCUUUUUGUUGAGGCUCAAGGACAAUCAAAUUGUUCCAAUUUUCUGGAGGAGGCAACAACAGAAGAAAACGGCAAUUUUCGCAUUAGAGGCCUCCAACCUUCUUGUAUAUACGCAAUUCGUUUGAAGCAUGGGGUAGAAGCUAAUGCAAAUAUUCAACGAGUAUUACCAAGUUCAAUAGCCGUUCAAGCCACUGAGGACGUUCAUAAUCUUCGAUUAAUUGCUUUUCAUCCAAUAUCACGUACAGAUGUUUCUGUAUAUGUUGUUUCAGCUCAACCUGAUCAUUAUCGGUCCUUAAGAGUAAAACUUUGCAGAGAAGAUAUACCCGAUUCUCCAAUUCACGUUGCAAAAAUAGAUAACAAUCAAAAAAUAAAUAACAACUAUAAUGCAGGAUUCUUGAUACAUUUCCCCCCUCUGCAAUCGGAUAAUAAAAGAUAUUUUGUCCAAUUGGAAUCUUCUUUAUCUCAAUUCUCGCACAAGUUUACAACUAUUCCCAUUUAUUUUGAGGCCAAUUCAUCAUUCAAACAUGUUAAAUUAAGAUUUGAUGCAGAAAGAAAAAGCGAUCAAGGAGAUAUCAAUCAAUCAUCUGUUAUUGCACUACCAUUUAUAAUUCUGGUUGCACUUGCAUUUUUUAAUAGAGAAAAAUUGUGGAGCUGGUUGAAUAAUGUCACGGAAAAAUGGUCAAAACAUGUUCCAGCAUCUAGGACUCAAGUGCAAGUCAUUCCUAUUGAUCCAAGAGCUGAUGACAUAAUUGUUGAGCAAAUAAUGAAUAUUAAUAAACGAAAAAUUAAAGUUCGUAAAACUUAAAUUUUUCAUUACUGAAAUAUGUACAUAUAAUUAUAAUUUAAAAAUUGAAUAAAUAAAAAUAAAAAUUUGUAAAAUACAA